AUGGUCGUUUCGAUCCUCACCGCGCUCUUUGUUGCCGCUGAGACACAUGAUAAGAUAUACGGGGUCAGUCUUGGAUCGUGGUUAGUUCUCGAAAGUUGGAUGCUGCCUGCAGAAUGGCUCGCCAUGGGUGGUCAGAGCUGCUCAGUCUGCUCGGACUGCAUCGCAACAGAAUUGCAAGAUUUUUGCGCAUACCCGAAUACUGCAGACCAGGCGUUUGCUGCUCAUUGGUCUACGUGGUUUACCCAAGACAAUGUAAACGAGCUCAAAGCAGCUAGCAUCAAUACUGUUCGAAUUCCUCUCGGAUUCUGGAUAGUAGAGGGCUUGGUCGAUCGCAGUGCAGAAUUCUAUCCUCGCGGUGGAAUCAAAUUUUUGGCUCGGGGCCUGAAGUGGCUUCACGAUGCAGGUAUACAAGUAAUCCUUGAUCACCAUGCUCUUCCUGGCGUAGCAGCGGUAAAUCAGAUGUUUGCCGGAAAUUGUACGACCGACCCACAGUUCUACACCCCUCACAAUUAUCACCGCGCUUUGAUAUGGACGGCGGUCAUGGCGUCGCUUACUCACUUACAUCCGAACUUUGCGAGCGUCUUCGCCAUCGAGGCCGUGAACGAGCCGAUUUCGGAUGCUGCGAUGACACCAGGCUUCGGGGACUUUCAGCAUAACUUCGUUAAAACCAUCCGAGCCGUGGAACUCAUUCUCGGUGUCCCCAUAGCAAACACCCAACCUGUCAAUCUCGGCCCCUCAAACACUUCAGGCAUGAACGUGUCCACGGCUAUACCACUUGCAGCCAAAUACGAUACAUCGGGAAUCUUCACACCGGAAAUUGUAAGUGUGCUGAAGGAUGCCGUGCCAAUGUUGCUGGGGAUAGGCAACGAACUGGGUAUGGAUGCGGAUAUAUUGGUGCUGGGUGACUGCGAGCGGUUCGGUGGGCGAUGGUCGGCCAUUGUUACAACUUUCAUGGACGUGAAUUGGCAGACUGACAACCCUCCUAACCCAGCUGAUGCGGCCAUUGGGCCACAAGGAUACGACAACCACCUGUACUACAAUUAUGGAGGCGUGGCGGAUCCCAACCCAGAUGCUUACUUGACCAGUAUCUGCAACCUUAAUCGAGUACAAGCAGACGCUGCUCUCGGAAAUUCACCUUUGUGGUUCGGCGAAUGGGCUAUCACCACUCAAUUCGAUAAUGCGACAGAUGAGUUCCUCCGUAUGUGGGCCGAUGCGCAAAAGCUGGCGUAUAGUAAGGGUGCUGGAUGGAUUUUCUGGAACUUCAAGGUCGAGAUAUCCGAGCUCGCUGGCGAUCUAGCAAGACAAUGGUCUUAUCUCGAAGGGGUGAAACGAGGAUAUUUCACGAAAGAUCCAGCGCAGCUACAUAACCCUCACGUCUGUGACCCCUACAUCAACUCCACUUCAACGAACGCUACUCGGCGCUGGCUGUGA